UUAUCUAUCUAUACGUAUCGUCGUAUUAAAGUAAAGUUGGUAAACUUAUACGCUACCCCGAGGUUUUUAAUUUUUUUAAGGAAAGGGUUCGUUGAUUAGAAAAUUGUUAAGUAUUGUGAUCACAGUGCGAGUCGCACGGACGUUUCGUAUCGCCGCUAAGAGACAUUCUAACUAAAAGAUGGGUAUACCGAAGUUCUUUCAGUACAUAAGCGAAAGAUAUCCGUGUCUUACAGAAAAGUUAAAGGACUAUCAGAUACCCGAGUUUGAUAACUUGUAUUUAGACGUGAACGGUAUCAUACACGGUUGCUCGCAUCCGGACGAUACCAACGUUUUAUUUCGUAUCACGGAAGAGACUAUAUUCAAUAAUAUAUUUCGCUAUAUCGAGCUACUGUUUCGCAUGAUCCAGCCACAGAAAUUAUUUUUCGUGGCGAUCGAUGGAGUAGCGCCGAGAGCAAAGAUUAAUCAGCAAAGAAGCAGGCGAUUCAGGGCUGCGAAGGACGCAGAGAUCCAAGAGCUGAAGGCCAAGACCAAGGGCAUCAGUCUACCCACGGAGAAGAGGUUUGACUCUAAUUGUAUAACUCCCGGGACACUGUUCAUGGCCAAGCUGGACGAGCAAUUGAAGUAUUUUAUAACGUAUAAAAUAUCUACCGAUAAACUUUGGCAGAAGUGUAAGGUAAUGUUCAGUGGAUCUCAGGUGCCCGGCGAGGGGGAACACAAGAUCAUGGAUUAUAUACGUUACAUGAAGUCACAGCCGGACUACGAUAUACAUACCAAGCACUGUUUAUACGGUUUAGACGCGGAUUUGAUAAUGUUAGGUUUGUGCACCCAUGAAGUACACUUCACGUUAUUAAGGGAAGAGGUGACGUUCGGGAAGAAGCAUUUGAAGGUCUUGUUGACUCCCGAGGAGACAAAGUUCUGCCUGUUUCAUUUGUCUCUGCUGAGGGAGUACAUAGAUCACGAGUUUUCCUCGUUGAAAGAAAAGCUUGCCUUCCCGUACGAUCUUGAGAAAAUAAUCGACGACUGGGUUCUGAUGGGAUUCCUCAUAGGAAACGAUUUUAUACCGCACUUGCCGAAUUUGCACAUCGUGCACGGCGCGCUGUCCGUGUUGUAUCAAGUCUACAUGGACGUAUUGCCAACGUUGGACGGCUAUAUAAACGAGACGGGAACUCUGAGACUGGACAGAUUCGAGAAGUUUAUGGAGAGGCUCAGUCGGUUCGACAUACUGCGGUUCUCGGACCAUUACGCCGAUAUAAAGUACCUCGAGAGCAAAACAGGGAAGCCUCUUCCCGAGACCGAGAGGGCGAACAACCUGAAAUCCGAGAGUAGCGACGAGACACCGUCGCCGAAAAGAGUACAGCAAGACAAGGAGUUCGACGCUUUACUCAGAUCGGCCAUGGAGUCAGGGAAGGAAUGCGACGAGGAGGGAGGGGACGACGAUUCCGACCCCGAGAUCUACGCGAUGGAAUUCGUUCAGCGUAAAAAGGAUUAUUAUAUUAAUAAGCUGAAUUACGAGACUAUAGAUGAAGAUUUUUUACGUUCACAAGCCGAGGGCUACGUGAGGGCUAUCCAGUGGAACUUGAACUAUUACUAUAACGGAUGUUGUAGCUGGUCUUGGUAUUACCCGCAUCACUACGCGCCUUACAUAUCGGAUAUAAAGGAUUUCAAAGACUUGAAGCUGGAGUUCGACAUAGGCGAACCGUUUUUACCCUUCGAACAAUUGUUGGCCGCUUUGCCGCCGUACAGUAAAAGCCUAUUGCCGUCGGCGUUUCAAUCGUUGUUGACUGAGGAGCAAUCUCCCAUAAAGAAUUACUAUCCAUUGGACUUUGAGACGGAUUUGAACGGCAAACAACAAGAGUGGGAGGCCGUGGUACUGAUUCCGUUCAUAGACGAGAAACAUCUUUUAGACGCGAUUGCGACUCGUCACUCGCAAUUGACUACGGAGGAACGGAUGAGGAACAGGCACGGACCGAUGUGCCUGUUCACUUACACGGAGGAGAACUUAGGGGUUUACAAGGCGCCCGAGUACUUCCCGGACGUGGUCAGCCACGCGAGGGUCCAGCUGAUAAAUCGCGAAGAUAUAAUCGUCCCACGAGACAAACUGGUUCGAGGUUUGUGUCCCGGUGUAGAGCUCGACGUGUACUAUCCCGGUUUUCCCACCCUUCGACACAUAGAGCAUACCGUAACCUUGGAAAAGGCUAAAGUAAAAGUACACCAGAGACAAUCGCUUCGGGACAGUAUGGUCCUGCAUAUAACUUCUCCACCCCAGACCAGUUUAACGACACUAGGCCAGAACCUGUUAGGUAAUACCGUAUUCGUCAAUUGGCCUCACAUGAAGGAGGCCGUAGUGGUCGCUGUUUCGAACGAUCACGCGAAACUGAAUUUGGUCAACUCGGAAGUAGCCGUGGCGAAAGAGUCCGAAGAGUCCGUCAGCGACGAUAUGUGGAACGCGGUGAAGAAACGUAUUACCGAUACGUACAAGGGUCAUCUCGCCGUUGAGAUUGGCCCAACGAAGUUUCUCGUUCACGUGCGACUGCUGCUAGGCAAGAAGCAUACGUUCGGCACUCACGGGAAUAUGCGGAUCGAAAAACAAUGGUCGGAAUUGCCGGCUGCUUACGCGUAUCAAACCGUGGUGAAGGAUAUCGUUGUUCGUUCGAGCGACGUAGCGUUGUUCAACUCGAUCGACGAGGUCUUUGUACCAGGAACCACGUGCUUCAUGCUCGGCCAUCCUUAUUACGGCGCAUUGGCAAAAGUAUGCGAAUCUGGAGUCUGCAAAACGUCGGGCAGAGUGAAAGUGUCCGUGCUGACCGUACGAGAGCCUCCGUUCGAGGUGAUCAAACAGCUUCAGUCGAGUUUUUUUAAUCAAUACGUGACUGGCAGCUUGGCCGCGCAAAAAUUAGGUAUAAGUAGUCUGCUGUUGAGCAGAGUGACCGGCACGAUUUUUGUGAAACCGUCUUCGGAUGGUGUGAAACAAGACGACUCUACGCACAAUAUCGGAUUGAACCUGAAGUUCACUAAAAGAAACGCGGAGAUAUUGGGAUACACCCGGAAAACGGAGGAUGGCCAUUGGUUUUACAGUCCGAAGGCCAUCGAAUUGAUUCGUAACUACAUGCUCAAGUAUCCCGUUCUGUUCGAACGACUGGCCCAGAACCCGUCCGCCUGCAUCUUCCAGGAGGAAGAUCUGUUCGCUAAAGGCACGAACGAAUUGAGCGAAACGGUGGCGUGGCUGAAGGAUCAAUUACAGGGAACGGAAAUACGUACUUGCGGCACGAUGACGGUCGAGAGUCCUAUUGUGAAGAAACUCGAGGAGCAAAUAGACGCGUACGUAAACUCACAGGACAGCGCCGGUAAGGCCGUGGAAAUGCAGGUUCAGCCGUAUCUACUUUACGUACCUGGCUUGCAUCUGCGCAACCUUCCACCCGAUCCGAAGACGCACACCGUGCUGCUGGACAGAGUCUGUUGCACCAAAGAUAAUUUCACCGUGCCGCUUGGAUACAAGGGAACGGUGAUCGGAAUACAGAAGAUGGAAGCGGCGGACACGAUGUACGACGUUCUGUUCGACAAAACGUUCGUGGGUGGCCUCAGUAUAAACGGAUCCUCGGAGUUGCGGGCGUAUCGUUUGUCGGCGCUCGAUUUCAUAAAUAUAAAUCACGGAGACAGGAUAGCACAUUCUAAAGCGACGCUGGAUGGGAGCAUGGAACCCACGGAAGUCAGAAAGUCCGGUCAUGAAUCUCAGAGACGCGCGAACGCUAGUGCGUUUGCAUCGUACAGAAAUGAGAAUCACUUUGGAACGGACGCGCCGAUGUCUCCUAGACCGAGGAUCGUACAGAAGAACGCCGAAGGAAGCGGCCAGAUCCAGAGAUACAGGUAUAACGCGCAAAACGUUCAGGUCGUGAACGCUUUUCGGGAACCGUACAGAGUGAGAAACCCUCUACCGCCACCGCCAGUAUUACCGUCACCGAACUUACAGAAGAAAUCGUCUACAGAGCCCACGUCCGAGUUCCAGGCAAUAUGGAACGAGUUGCAUAAAAAACAGGAACCGAACGAUCUCGUUCAGAAAACUCCCCUGCCUCCUAAAGUAAAACACGACAAAGGCUUUCCAGGGAAUCCUGCACCACAAGAUCCUAGCGCGUUCCUGAAGGCGGUAUUAAAGAUUUCCGAUGGAAACGCGCAACAGACCGCGCAACAGACCGCGCAACAGACCGCGCAAAAGCCAGUGCAAAAGGUAGCGCAACAGACCGUGCAAAAAGCCGGGCUAAAAGCCGCGCAACAGCCCGUGCAAAAGCUCGCACAACAGUCCGCGCAAAAGCUCGGGCAACAACCCAUGCAACAGUUCGCGCAACAACCCGUGCAACAUUUCCCGCAGCCUGGAACGUCCAAGGCGCCUAGACGUACGAACAGUGUUCAGAAGGAGAAUAAAGCACUGGACAACACGCCUCCCUUGGUACAACAACUGUUCGACCAUGCUCGACAGAACGAGAAGGCGAAGGACGACAAGACGCCGAUUUGGUAUUGUUCGCAAUUGUUGAAUUACCAUCAACUGAGCGGAGUAGGAAUGCCACGGUAUAGUUACUUCGCCGAUCCCGAGACUAAACUAAUACAAGCGCAUAUUCUUUUGCCAGACAAGAGGGUAUUCGUCGGAGAUUCCUGCGUGAAUCACGAGCAGGCAGCGGGAAGCGCCGCGAAGAAAGUCUAUACGGAAUUGAAUCUGGCCACCGUACUGCCAAAUAUGAAAAUACUUCUGCCACCGCAGCAUUGGUAUUCCAAUGCUCAAAAUACCAAUUGGUCGCAAAACGUGAGACCACCCGCGCCCGGAAGUUUCUACCCACCCGAAUCUACGCUCCUCCAAACGUUUCCCGAGUGGGUGCAGAAGGGACAUCACAAUACCGGCCAUCAGCAUACGUCCAAGCAAAAUGACCAGUAUAAUAAUCAUUACAAUCGACCAAAACCAUCCAUCCCCAAAGAACCUAAGCCAGGGAUGAGUGCAAAAUCGAAUCUAGGGAUGAAUCCAGGAGCGAAUCCAGGAGCGAAUCCGGGGUCGAAAAACUUUCCAGCUUUCGUUCCCUUGCAAGCGAUAAAGAAAAGCAGGAACGUCAUGGCUAAACAGUCGGCGAACAAAGAAGCUACGACCCAAAGUGCCAAAGACAAUCCUCGGCCUGUAGCCAAGCCGAAGAAUACCGAAUCGCAGACUCAGGCAAAGGCGACGAAAGUGGAAGCGACCAGCUCGAGCGGUUGCGGAAAAGAAAAGUCGGUGCAGAACGGUUCAAAUGAAACACAAACUACGCAACGGACUUUCGUGAUAAAGCCUAAGAAGUCGCGGGUAGCCGCGAAGUUCAAUUUACAGACGCAAACCGAGGAGAAGGAUCACAGUAAAUCUUCUUCGUCUACUUAGGAAUAAUGAGAAUGGGCAUUGAACUGCAGAGAAUGGUCGAAAAAUUGUUCGACCCGUUUCUCACACAUUUGUUUUCGAUAUUUUGUAAUAAAAACAAAAAAUUCCAAACGGGAACGGUAGUGCGAGCGGGAAAGAGGCAAGCUUCAAAAAACGUUUGAAGUUGUAGAAUUGUAUAAGCUCAAUUAUAAGUUCUUUUACUUUUACUAGAGUUUCUUUUUGUUGUUCUUUUUUUUUAUACGUUCCAACGUUGAACGGAGAUUCAGUAUUGAGCACUAUACACUACGCGAGAAUCGACAUACCUAUGAAAUGUGUGAUUUAAAUUUUAAAAUACCAAGAUAUUUUAUCUAUUGUUUCGUAAUAUUUUUUUUGAAACACUUUAUUUUGUUUACCAUUUAUUUGAUCAGCUAACCAUGGACCAUUGUUUUUGUAGACUGAGAGGAUGCCUAUGUAACUAUAAAAAUGACGCAACUCAUUUCGGUCAUUUUAAAGAAUGCAUCGUAUGUUUAUAAAUUUUUGAAUUUUUCAAAGCACUGAAUAAACAAGAACAAAUAAAAAGAAUGAUCUGAACGUA